AUGAAAAAGAUAUGUUUGCUAACACAGCAGUUGCACUUGAAGGCGGCGUCAGACUGCACUGCAUACGCGCCGUGGCGGAGAGCGAAGAUGGCGGAGAAUAAUGUCGAACCAGAGCACGAAUGGAGCCUGGACACGGCCGAGGAGACUCUAGUUGCAAUGGAAACCUUGCUGGCCACGCUGAGAGCCUUCGAAGAUGUACUCAGGCAACAGGAAAUAUCCACGGCAUCUUCCACGGAGUACUGCGACAACUUCUGUCAGGCACUGAUGCACUAUGCUGGGAGCAGGAACUCCAUGGAGCAUGGUCUUCCUCUUCUGGAGGUCUACUGUCUGUCCAUAAACUGUUUUGCUGCAGCCCGAUCCCACCUCACUGCAGAGUCCGACAGAGUGGCCCUUGUUUUAAAAAGACUAGCUUUGAGCUGUUUUGAACUGUUGCUGUCAGUGCCUGAGAAUGAAAUCCCCUUUGACGCCUGGGUUCAGUUCCACCACUCUGUUCAGAUUGCCCAUGAUACCUUGUUACAGUAUGGGAGCACAGACCUUCAAGCUUUACUCCAGAUCACAGGAGAGGGAGGAGCCUGGAGCAACCCUGUCCUUACAUCUCUCCUCACCGGCCAGCCCACCAACACAGAAGAAGUUGAUGCAUACAUCAGCUUGGAAGGCGAGGGCUUCAUGGAGAUGCGGGUGAAGCACCUGGAGAAGAUGGGCGAAGUGGCCAAGGCGGUGGUGCUGGCCAAAGCUUGCACUGAAUGCAGCUCCAUCUCCAACCAAGCUACAUUUCGUCAGACCUACGUCUCCCUGCUUUGUCACCUUCUGCCCAACGAAGAGGCCAUCAUGGAGAUAUCCAGACUCGACUGUAAGGAUGUGCUGGAGAUCACAUGUAAUCUGGAGACUGAGGGGGAAGAGAACACUGCCUUCAUCUUGUGCACAACUUUCCUGACACAGCAGCUCCAGCAGCAGAGCACUUACUGCUCCUGGGACUUGACACGUUUGUGGAGUAAACUUCAGAGGAGGAUAGACCCCUCGUUGAUGUCUCUUCUGGAGCGAUGCCUUCAGCUCGGUGCCAUUGCCAAAACCAUCCACCAUUUGCUUUACCUGGUCCAGGUCAUUCAGACAGAGACGGAGGAAGUUGGCGUACCUGCUUCAGUAGAACUGUGUGUGAAAGCCCUUCAACUUCCAAAGCAGGACGACUCAGAAAUGAGGAUCUCUGUCUGUAAGACAGUGUCCUGCCUUCUUCCAGGGGACCUUGAAGUGUUGCGUGCCUGCCUACUCACAGAGUUCCUCCUUGGCCCCAGCCAGGAGGUCUUUGCGUCCCUUGAGGAACUUUACUUGCGCCCAGACCAAAAGUAUGACCAGGAAGAUGAGGUCAUUCCCAACUCACUACGCUGCGAGUUGCUGCUAGCUCUGAAAGCAUACUGGCCUUUUGACCCUGAAUUCUGGGACUGGAAAACUCUCAAGUAUCACUGCGUCUCCCUUCUAGGGUUGAUGCCGGAGUCAGAGGGGGAAGAGGAGGAGGCGGCAGACAAAGGAGAGAAGGGUAGACAACAGGAGCCACAGGGAAUCACUGUGAAAGUAGAAUCUGAGCAUGAAAAGCGGGUAAAUGGAAGUCUUGAUGGUCAUGAGCAGCAGGAUAAAAAGCAGUCUUCUAACUUAACAGAAACCCAAGGAGAACCAGAGGCAAAGAAACACAAGUUCUGCUGUCAGAUCUGUAAGAGGACGGUCACUGACACCCAAAUCAUUCACCACUCCAAAAGACAUGGCGAGGACGAUGACCACCCCUGCCCUGUGUGCUUGGAAAAGUUUAAGAGCAGAAAGGAGCUCGUUCCUCACCUGAAGGAACACGUGCAGAGUACAACAGGUCUCUGUAAAAACAAUGUAAAGACAGAAGACGGGCAGAAACCGGUGGAUGAGGACGAUGACAUUGAACCAGGGGAGAUCACCAUUGACCCAUCUUUAAUGCUGUAUUACAAAUCCACACACGAUCCAGACGUGCUGCACCACAUCGUGCAACAAGCCAAAACCGUGAAGGAGAAGAAUGUGGAUGAUGACGAGCACGUAACAUUCGAAUACAUUGACCAGCAUUUCAGUUUGCAGAACCGGGAUGAGUAUCCAUGUCCAGGAACUGGGUGCACUCGGAUUUUUAAACAUUCCAAGUACUUAUAUGUCCAUUUAAAGUCGGAACAUAAAGGUGAUGACAAUGUGAAACAUUUUCAUCAGAUGAGAGACAAGCGGGAGAAGUGUGUUUUCUGUAGACGCCAUUUUGUCUCCGCACACCAUCACCGCAGACACCGGAGAGUUCACUAUGGUGAUCAGCCUUACGCGUGUGUGGUUAUGGGUUGUGGCGCUAAGUUUAGCACUUCCAAUGAACUUGUCACGCACAAGCAGACCCAUGGCUAUCACCUCAACUACCAGUGUGAGCUCAAAGGCUGCUACGUCACGUACUCCGACUUGGGACAAAUCUAUCACCACGAAGCGCAGCAUUUCAGAGAUGCAGCAUUUACCUGCUCCAGCGGCGAAUGUAAGAAAUACUAUUUAUCCAAAAAAGAAUUCAUAAAGCAUUUAUCCACGCACAACAUCACCUUCUCUGAAGAAGACUUUGAGGCUCAGAGGAAGGCAAAGCGGAGACUUUUUAAGACGGUCACUGAAGUGUCCCCCCGCCUUAGUAAGCCAGUAACUACACAAGUGACUGUAAAUGGAGAUGUCCUGAACUCUUGUGCCUCCUCAUUGCAAGAGUCUGAAAGCAAGGAGCCCAAAGCAACAAUGACCUUGGUGGCUGUGUGUUUUGAUGGAAGUAAGUUCACCUGUGGCUUUGAGAAGUGUGGCAUGACUUUCUCCAGAGCCAGAGAUGUCCAGAGGCAUCUGAAAUGUGCCCACCCAGAACACCUUAAACUGGAGAACAAAGAACACAAACAUGACAAAGAACGGGGCUCAAAGUCCAAAGGGAUAAAGACUGAAACUGAGCUUGACACUGAGGAAAAGGGAACAAAUGAGGUCUCAACUUCAUUUCAACCCACAGAGUCCGGCAAAGAAAGAAAAGUAGCCACUCUUCCCAAAAACACUGAAACAAGCUCUUCAAGCUCUCAUUUAAAAAAUGAUGCUCUGAGUGAAAUACUUUCCAGGCUCAGUAAACUGGACCUGAAUUCUUCUUCGCCUCACAGUGAGGCAGGCGAGCCCCCUCAGUCCAACACAGAGCCUAAUGCAUCAGAAAUAGCUCUUCAUCAGGCAAUCGUCGCAAAGCCUCCUGUUUUGUUGCUCCAGAAUAAGCCUGAGGAAAAGCUAAAACUCAAAACUGAAUCAGCAGCUGAUGAAGAAAGCGGUGCCGAAUCAUUAGCCGCUGCUAAGCCAUACGUCUGUCAGGUGAAAGGUUGUGGCUUUAGGACUGCUCAGAGUUACAGCUUACUGCGACACUAUAACACCAAACAUGGUCGCACUAUUGAACAGGCGAAAAGGUUGACUUCUCUGAAAACUACAUCGUUUAAGCCUUACGUGUGCCAGCUUUGUUCAAAGAGUCACAGAGAAAAACAUGUACUGAAGGCCCACUAUAUUCACGUCCAUAACCUGAGUCAGAAUCUGGUGGAGAAAAUAAGCUGCGCAUCGGUACGACUUGAGGGAAACAAAGACGGCUCAAAGCGUACACCUCAGCACCAUGGUCUCAAAGUGUGGAAGGACAUCCCCAAAGUGCAACGCCAACCAGAGAAAAAAAACUCAACAGCAGUAAGUGAAAAUGGAAGAAAGUUUGACAAUCAUUCUCCAUUUGAAGAGGAAGGAGAGGAUGGAGCAAAGAGCAGAGAGGAAGAGAACAAGCAGAAGGGAGAAAGUGAGGUGAGGACCACUCAACAGGUCAGAACUACAAGACGUCUGGUAGCCAAAAGUAAUCUCUGCUAUAUCUUGGAUAAAUUCAGUAAACCUUUUCAUUGUGUAGCAAAAAACUGUGAUGCCGCUUUCUCCACCCAGGGAGGCCUUGUGCGCCACCUGCAGUUGAUACAUCAUUACAAUCGCUCUCAGCUGCUGUUGGAAAAAGACUUUGAUGCUCAUCACAGUCCAGAAGUCAGAAAAGAGCCCGCUAAGAAAAGGCCUCUCCCAAACUCGGAUGAACCCCAGCCCCAAUACAAGUGUCACUUUGCCAACUGUCAGGCUUCCUACCACCUUAAAAGCAGCCUAGUGCGUCACACUCGUGAUGUCCACUCACAACCACCAGAGCUAAUAAGGUGCAAGUUUGAAGGCUGCACGCGGGUGUUCAGCCACGAUGAUGCCCUUAAAAAACAUACACUUUACAGUCACUGUGAAUACUACGAUUCACUGGUGGUACGUCUGCAGAGCACUCACAAAAAGUCAAUUACUGGAUGCCAAAAGAAGCUUAUUGUCGCACAACAGGAUCCUCAGAAGGAAGAACCUGGUUCAGCCCCCACCACAGAGGCUGAGAGCUCGAGUCCAAACCCUGAAGUUACCGAGGACCAGUCAGAGGACACUGGGGAGGAGGCUGCUGUGGAAACAAAAGAGUCAGAACAAAAGAGGGAUAAGAGAAAUUCUUUCAGCCGUUACGUCUUCAGGUCUCACGAAGAAGCACUACAGAUGUGCCAAGACCGCUGCCUGCGCGUGGCCUACCCAUGCAUGGUCCAGGACUGUGAUUCUGUCGUCACGUACAUGCAGAGCUUGCACCGUCACUACCUGAGGGUUCACCGCAUGCGUCAGAAAGAUUUUGUUAAGAAUGAAGAUAAGCUGGUUUAUACUGCCGAGCAGCUGGAGGAACUGAUUCAGAGGUCGGCCAGGCCAACAGUCACAGGAGCGUGUUCCCCCAAUGGGGUUCGCAAAAUGGAGUAUCAAACAGAGCCUGAAAACACAGGGGGGCAGCCUGCACCCAUGAGCUUACACUCCAUCAAGGCAGAGGUGCAGGAGGACGAUAAUCAUGAUCCACUGGUAUUCCCAGAGGAGGAAGAGGAGGAGCCACCACCUGUUGAGAGAAAUGGCGUCCUCGUUGGCGCAGAUGAGGUGCUGUAUGGUGAGCCGAGCACCGGCGGGCACACUGAAGACUCGGCUGCAGCAACACAAAACAGUCAGAAACAGGAGGAGAGAUUAAGCUUGGAUCAAAUCAGACCUCUUCUUCGCCCCCUCACUGUUGACCUCUCGCCACCAUGCUCACUGCGCUUUACUUCCGAACAGGGCUUUCAGGAUGUGUCAGGCACCAAGGACAGUGUUAAAUUGUUGAAUGGGUCAGCGCCGUUGCCCGCUCCUCCUGUCCGCCAGCCGCUAAAACGGAAAAACGAAUUGUCUGAACCGCCUUCAAACUUGAAAGACACUCAGCCUCGCAGCCCUUCUCCUCGCCCUUUUGACUUCGCUACCUAUAAGCCCAUGGGCUUUGAAUCCUCAUUCCUGAGGUUCAUACAAGAGACGACACCGAAAGACAAAAACGAGGUCCCGGUGAAACGGCGAGAUUCUUUCAAACGCAGUUGUUCGGUUAAGGAGAACAACCAGCUGGGAAUCUCGCACACCCGCAGCAGACGCACUCAUUCCCCACUGCUGAAGCCCCAUGCUAUGACUGGAGACUUCACAUCAGUCCAAAACUUGAAGUCCAUCUUGGACAAAGCCCUGGCUGGGUGUGGGGACCUGGCUAUUAAGCAGCUUCAGUACCUCAGACCUGUGGUGGUCCUGGGGAGACCGGUGUGCACCACCACGCUGCCUGACCUCUUCCCAACAGACACCAACAACAGCAAACUGCUUCUUGGAAGUUAGUUUAACUGAGCACCUUUUUAGCAUAGCUUUGGCAAAUUACUUUGUAUUUUCACAAGCUAUACCAGUAUUUUUUUUUUUCUUUCUCCCAAAAUUAUAGUAUUAUGUUUUUUUUUUUCAUCGUUUGUUUUUGAAGUUGCCAAAAUGAAGAAUUGUAGAAAUGAAAUUAGCGUUAAGAUAAAAACAAGCUUAAGCAGUGCACAUCAGACUCAAAGGGGUUGUUUUUUAGACAUUUAUUAUAAAAGCAUUCAGAUAACACCUGUUAUGUUAACUCAUGAUCACAUGUCAAGUGUAUAUACUGUAGUUCUCCAAGAUAAAUGUACAGAUUUUCAGAUUGUUAGAAAUGGUCAGUAGCGUAUUGCAAGGCCUUCGCAGUUGUGUGAAAAUGUGACUGAAAAAAAAAAAAAACAACAACAACAUUUCCCCACUACAAAGUUCUUGAGGAAUAUGUUUGGUUAUUUUUCACCUCAGUUUAUAAUAAAUCAGUGUUG